AUGCUUGAUCAACAAGCAGCAGGCUUGAAGUUGUUUGGCGUGUUGGAACUGAUAAAAAAGCACGAGAAUGAAAUGAGACAAGUUUUUACUCACAGUGGCAGCAGCAUCAUCACAGAUGAUCAGAUGAUCGAUCUUCUCAAGCCUAUUUACGAUGAUAACACCCAAAGGAAAGAAAUAGAUAUUAACACAUAUAAAGCUAUGUGUGACUUUGUGCAGGAACUACAUCACAAAGGUUUGUUUUAAGACUAAGUGUUUUCAUAUAGUACUGUAUAUACUGUUCAAAUGCAAUCUUAAUUUGAGUAAUAAAAAUACUUUAAACCCAUGACAAGUAGAAUGUAAGUUAUAUACAUUUGUGUCCAUUUCUUUUCUGUUUAUACCUUGGGAAUACCAGAAUGUGAUUUAGCAGUUGGGGAUUUGCUCAAGUUCAUCACAGGGGUGAGAAAAAUACCCGCAUUGGGUCUCCCCAAACAGAUUGCAAUAUACUUUAUUCAUGGAUGUGAUCAGGUGAAAUGCAAAUGCAGACCCAAGGCAUCUACCUGUGACUUGCAUCUUCGAUUGCCUGUACACUACCAAACUGCUGAGGAUAUGAUUGCAGCAUGGAUGUCUGCUCUGAAAGAGUGCAAAGGAUUUGGGCACCUUUAA